AGUCUCACGCCAAUGUUAAUAAUGACCCCGGUGGUAGGAAGUGCCACCGGCGAUUCUGGCAGUUGACAGCAACAAAAACAUUCGCAUGUAGACAGCUCACAGGUGAUUUCUUUCCAUCAAAUGAACCUAUCCCCUUAUUUGCCAAUAUUUUGUUUGGCGAUAAUUUUAUAAAAUUCUAAAGACGAGUAAAAAGUAAAUAAAAUUUCUUUCACUCUCUCCUCCUCUCGAAAAAAUAUAUAAGUAAAAUGAUCUUCAUCGAGAUUCUUUUAUUUCGGUUUCCAAGGAAAGACAAUUCUUUAAGUUCUCUUGGGAAAUGUGAUGACAGCUCCUACCACUUGUAAAGAAGCCAUCAAGAGAUGGGAAGAGCAGACGGGCAAAUCCUCUGGCGAAGCAAAAGAAGUCAUUCUGUCAUUUCAGUGGCCUCCAAUGGAAAGGAUGGAUAAUAAUUUAUCAAUCUUAAUUAAUGUCGAGAAAUUGUCCCUGUCAACUAAUAUGAUUGAAAAAAUAGCUGGUCUUGAGGCUCUCCGGAACUUGAAAAUCCUGUCCUUGGGGAGAAACUAUAUAAAGACAUUUGCCGGGCUGGAACCUGUUGGAGGGCAUUUGGAACAAUUAUGGAUUUCUUAUAAUCUCAUUGAGAAAAUCAAAGGUGUCAACGUAUUUAAAGCUCUGAAAGUUCUCUACAUGGGAAAUAAUCUCGUAAAGGACUGGUCGGAAUUUAAUCGACUGCAAGAUAUCCCAAAAUUGGAAGAGCUCAUUUUAAUAAAUAAUCCUAUUUGUGAGAAUUUGGAUGCCGAAUCCUGGAGGACUCAAGUCACUAGACGUCUUCCAAAGUUAAAGAAAUUAGAUGGUGUUCCUAUUGUGUAAGUAAAAAUACAAAUUU